GGCGAGGCGCAGGUGAAGAUCUGGAGACGCUCCUACGACAUCCCACCUCCACCCAUGGACCCCGAGCACGACUUCUACUCCGCCAUCAGCAAGGACCGUCGCUACGGCGACCUGACGGAGGACCAGCUGCCCGCGUGCGAGAGCCUGAAGGACACUAUCGCUCGAGCGCUGCCGUUCUGGAACGAGGAAAUCGUUCCUCAAAUCAAGGAGGGCAAGAGGGUCCUCAUCGCUGCUCACGGCAACAGCCUGCGAGGAAUCGUCAAACACCUGGAGGGUAUGUCAGAGAAGGCGAUUAUGGAGCUGAAUCUGCCCACAGGAAUUCCCAUCCUUUAUGAGCUGGACAAGAACCUGAAGCCUGUGAAGCCCAUGCAGUUCCUGGGAGAUGAAGAGACUGUCCGCAAAGCCAUGGAGGCCGUCGCUGCUCAGGGCAAAGCCAAGAAGUAGAUUAUUACUUCACGCAAUCCUCCUCACAAAUGCAACCAGUGUUAUACCGUGAGCCUAGAACCAAACCACUGACCAAUCAUUCAUUUCCAAAUGCUCUCAAUCGGGACCAUCCCAAUACAAUUGAAAUGUAACUGCUUGGGUAUGUGUGUAAAUGCAGUGAAACUGAGCCACGAGGAGGGAUUUUAGCUUUAUAUAGUCUCGGCACUGAAGAUCCUCGGUCGCACAUUUCAAAUGAUAGCACAUGUGUUUGUCUGUGAUGGCAUGGCUUUGACAACUGUUGCCAGGCAACAGCAUAUAUUAAUCACCGGGUGGGCUGCAGAAGUUUUGUGUGAUUCAUGCUUUGUACCGCUGCUAAAUAUCUCUGAACACCCACAGAAAUGUUCUUGAAAUAUCCCACGAGAUCUGCGUAACGGUUCGUUUUUAGGAUUCACCUACACCUAGAGUCGAGAAGUGAGUUUGGUUGGUGAUUAACAGCAGAUUAUAUUCCCGUGAGCUUUUUGGAGACGUCAUUUUCUGUCACUUUUUCUGUGGUAAAUGUCACUGUAUGUUGAAGAUGUGCUGUAAUCCAUGUCACGUUCAAUGCAUUUUGACCCAAGUCUCCUGCAAACAUUCACCAUUAAGGAAAUGUUGAAUAUUGUGCCCCAAUAUUCAGUAAUUAUAUCAUUUUGUCUGUUCUUUUGCAUUUUGUUUGUACAGCAAUUGUUACAAUUAUUUUGCUUGACUGAAAGAUAGUUAUAUGUACACAUAUGUGAGUUUAUGUGCAAGCCCUAAUAAAUGUUGGCUUACUU